GGAAAUCCAGUUAGUGCUUAUACUUGUCACCGGUGUCAGUCUGGACAUUGUUUCUGCCUCCGAGCAGCAGAUCUCGUAAUUUGCCAGUUGAUCUGUUCAUCAUAUGUUGCGAGUCACAGUUUGGAUACCAGCGCAGGACUUUAUACAUUUAUUUCAUCGGGAAAACCUGAUUUUUGUCUUUUUACAUCUUUGCAAAUUAGGCUACACACAUUUUUUUUUCUGCGAGGCCCUUCCAUUCCAGCAACAUGAGGCUCAUACCAUCACGAUUGAGUUAUCUAUUCCUUCACCUCUUUGCGUUUUGCUACUAUGCUCAGGUAACCAUUCAGUCCCCGCCUAAUUUUACACAGCAUGUGAGUGAUCAAAGUAAGGUGACGGACCGGGUCAGCCGUAGACUAAUCAGGACCUACCAGCUUUACAGUCGAACCAGCGGCAAGCACGUGCAAGUUCUGGCCAACAAGAAAAUCAACGCAAUGGCCGAGGAUGGUGACGCUCAUGCCAAACUCAUAGUGGAGACGGACACUUUUGGGAGUCGAGUUCGAAUUAAAGGAGCUGAAACGGGAUUCUACAUCUGUAUGAGCAGAAGAGGGAAACUGAUUGGCAAGAGAAACGGUCAGGGGAAAGACUGCAUUUUCACAGAGAUAGUCCUGGAGAACAACUACACAGCUCUGCAGAAUGUGAAGUAUGAAGGCUGGUACAUGGCCUUUACACGCAAAGGCAGACCCCGCAAGGGCUCCAAAACCAGACAACACCAGCGGGAAGUCCACUUCAUGAAGAGGCUGCCCAAGGGACACCAAAUCGCAGAGCACAGACCCUUUGAUUUCAUCAACUACCCUUUCAACAGACGGACUAAACGCACCCGCAACUCAGGAGAGCGUUGAAGAGUGAAGCCGGAGAAAAGGAGAGGACAGAGAGCGAGAGACUUUCUCAAACAAUGAACAGACUCCUCUUGUGGACUCCUACAAACAUUUUUUUGUACUGAGCAACAAUAUACCUAACCUUUAGUUUUUUAUGAAUUUUCAGAAAUAACAAAAAAAGAAGAAAAAAAAAAACAUCUCGAGAAAAAAAGAGAUCUAUUUUUGUACCCCUGACUUUUAGUACUGACCUGUGUAAGAGUAUAGAAAAGCGAAGCACGGGACGUGUAAGUGCUGACAUUUUAGUAGUACGUGGACUUCAUCUGUCUAUCCUCUCUUGAUCUGCUUUGGUUUCAUUUGAUUUAGAUGGUUUUAGAGUAAUUUAUAACUCUUUGUAUUGCUGCUCAAGGGGACUUGAAGGGCCUGAGAGAAUGCACUGACACCACAAGGCUGUAUUCGGUUACACAGGCAGCCGGGGCACCUCUCGACCACCCAGCGAUAAGAUACCCAGCUCAUCUCUCAGUAACCUCUCUGGUUCUUGAUUCUGGAACUCUCUGGAGAUAAACACGGUUAAAGCAAACAGAGCUUUAAAUACAUAUUUAAAUGUGGCAGCUACAUUUUGAUUAUCGCAGGUUU